AUGGCUAGUAAAUACCAUGUUAGAUGUAUUAGUUUGCCUUCAAGGUCUCAUCCUACCACCAUUAGAAUUGAAGAAGAGUUGAGCAAGGUUAAGUCAUUGGAGGAGUCAGCAAGAUUGUUAUUAACAUCGGGAUCAAUCUGCAGGACUCUUUCAGGGCUUGAGGAGUUGUACAUGUGCUUGGAUGAUCUUCUGAAUAUGGCAUCAAGCCAACGAGUUCUCUCUCAGAAUCAGCAUGAGAAGUGUAUUGAGGAAUUGUUGGAAGGAUCUGUAAAGCUCCUGGAUAUCUGUGUCAUCACAAGAGAUGCCUUGUUGCAAAUUAAGGAACAUGUUCAAGCUCUUCACUCAGCCAUUCGAAGGCGAAAGGGGGAUUCAAGUGUUGAAAACAGCAUUGCUAAUUUCACUUGUUUCAGGAAGAAGAUUAAAAAGGAUGCUAAGAAAAUGAUUGUGACUCUGAAGCAAAUGGAUAACAGUCUUUUAACAUCCCCACUCCAGGAAGAAGAUCAACAACUCUCAGCUGUGAUUCGAGUUCUCAGAGAAGUUAAUGCAACAAGCAGCUCCAUCUUUCAGUCUCUCUCGUUAUUCUUGUCAGGGUCGAAGCAAAGUCUAAGCAGGUGGGCACUGGUGUCAAAACUGAUGAACAAGAAAGUCACAGCAUGUGAAGAGAAGAAAGAGAUUGUGAAUGAGUUGGAAAGUGUGGAUACUGCAUUGUGCAGCUGUGAUGUUGAGAAGAUGGAAAUUAUGCAUGAAAGUCUAAAGGCUGCAGAGGCCAGCAUUGAAAGCGUGGAGAAAGGUCUAGAGAACAUGUUCAGGUGCCUGAUCAGAUCAAGAGCCUCCUUCCUGAACAUAAUCUCCCAAUAG